UCCACGGCUUCUCCCGCGGGGAUGCGACCAGGAACCAACACUGGAGGGAAACAUUAAGCGCCAGCAAAGCUCCACGGAGGGAGUAGCCUAAAAUGUGGAUGAACUGACAUUUACUCCUCUUUCCGGGGCCGGUUAAAGUACUCAAUUUGAAGAAACCGAGCAAACUUUGUUUGAAAAUGGCCGUUCGUGGCAACUCGCUGAUGCCUUUCUCGAUCCAAGCCAUCCUGAACAAAAAGGACGACAGCAGACACUUGCCAGAUUUGGACAUGUGCUUCUCCAAGACGGCGUGCUGGAAAAUAUUUGGGGAGAUGAACGGCGGGUCUCGGAGAGAUGAUGGGGAGGCUUGCGAGCCGACGACGGACCAGAAAAGCUACGACUCAGACUCGGGACUCAGCGACGACAACGACAGCAAGACUGCGGCCGCGUGCAAGUCGGAGAAAGACGGAGACCCCGCGUCGGAUGUGCCGGAGGAGAGUUUGCAGGAGGAGACGGACCACGAGUCUGGAGCUGCGGAAAACGCAAAGAGUGACAGUGAGCCCAAUAACGCGGACUCCAGCACCCUGGACGAGAAGAGCCUGGACCAGCCCAAACAGCGGAAGAAGCGCUCCAGGGCCGCUUUCUCUCAUGCGCAGGUCUUCGAGCUGGAGCGCCGCUUCAACCACCAGCGGUACCUGUCCGGGCCGGAGCGCGCGGACCUGGCGGCCUCCCUGAAGCUCACAGAGACUCAGGUGAAGAUCUGGUUUCAGAACCGCCGGUACAAGACGAAACGCCGCCAGAUGGCCGCCGAUCUCAUGGCGUCGACCCCAGCGGCCAAGAAGGUGGCGGUGAAAGUUCUGGUGCGGGACGACCAGAGACAGUACAGCCCGGGAGAGAUCCUACGGCCCCCGCUGCUCUCCCUGCAGCCGUCCUACUAUUACCCGUACGCCUACUGCCUCCCUGCAUGGACACUGUCUGCGUGUGCGGGGAACCAGUGAGAACUCGGUGACUGUAUUUAUUCUUCUUUUGUUUGGUUAUUUUUGCUCCAAGGACAUCAAACUAUAUAUAUUUUUUGACAAGAGGAUGAGACCCGAGGGGACUUUUAAUCCGCCUGAAAUGUUUUUCACAUCCUCAAACAUUUUAAAACCAACUAAUUCUUUCAUUUAGUAAGAGUCUGUCUCAAAGGAAGAAGACAUUUCUCGUGCUUAAUGCUACAAAAUCAAAGCUGUAGUUGAGCGGGGAGACUGGACCUCCUUAAUAAAUGUCAGUAACCUCUGAAGAGUGACAUAACAUUUAAGUAUUCCUCUCUUUGCUCGGGAGCCCCUCAAGGACCUCUGAAGCCCCCCGGACCCCGCUUUGGGAACCGGGAGGCCUAAACAGACUGAAAAUGUCACCUUAUGUUGGUUUCUAUUUUACAUGCGCCUUCCUACCUCUGCAGUGAUUGGAAAAUAGGCAUAUUCCAUUGACUUUUUACAUAUUAACUGUCUCUGUUACAGGUUGUGUUUGUUUUUUUUCUUGCUGUGUUUGUAAAGGUAAGAUAUUUCAGCACUUUUUUGAGCUAUAUACAUUACAUUACUUCAAUGUAAAAAUGCAUUAUAGUGUGUACAGUGUCAGACUGAGAGGAGGCGGUUUCUUGUGUUACUGGCCUGAAAGUGAUCUCGUGGCAGGAAGCAAAACAGACCCAACUUCUAAUUGAAAUGUACAUGUGUUAUUUGUGUUAAAGAUGUUUAGAUCGAAAAAACCCCAUUAAAACAUA